UUUUUAUUGAGAUCGUAAAGUGUCCAGUGUCAAUUGUGAAACAAUGGAAGCUUCACAAAGUUUCAAAAACAAGACAAUGGAGUCUUCAAUUUUGAUGGAUUCCUCAAUUACUAAGAGACCGACCGAUAGACCGACCCGUCAGCGCAAACUUUCCGGAUCUUUCAUUCACGACAGUAUAAACAGUAGUGUUGACUUUCCUGCGUAUAUCCCGUGGCAAACGCUAUCAUCCGAUUUAUCGGAUCGACUUCGUCAGGGAUCAGUUCGUAUAAAUAGAAGUAAUAUUGUCGAGUGGGCCACUAUUAAAGAGGAGAAUGAAAGGGCACCACUAUUGGAACAUUUGGCCCGAAAACCUACCGCUUCUACAGAUGACAGCAGUGGAAGUGCUUCGGAAUAUAGCAAACACGGAGCAACAGAUGCAUUGAGUGGAGGGUCUACUUGGAGAGUGGGUGCCUUUUUGCUGGUCAACGCUGCUCUGGGAGCGGGUGUUCUCAACUACCCGGUUGCUUAUGAUAGAUUGGGAGGCAUAACUAUUGCUACAUUUGUUCAAUUGGUAAUAAUAGCAAUGUUAGCCACAACUAUGCUUAUAUUAAUAUACUGUUCAGACAUCAACAAUGACAGCACAUAUCACGACGUUUUGCUAUCAAUGUGUGGUAAAAGAGCCCAACAAUUGGCCGCCGCAUCCAUUAUGUGCACCUGUUUUGGCAUUAAUGUGACAUUUCUUAUAAUCAUUGGUGACCAAUACGAUAGAAUCUUCGCAACCUAUGUUGGAUCACAAUUUUGUCAUCUAUGGUAUCUAAAUAGGAAUUUUACAAUUUCUAUAACAGCUAUAGUAUGUAUUUGGACGAUGUGUUACUAUAAACGAUUAGAUUUUCUCAGAUAUGCCAGCACACUUGGAGUAUUUGCUAUGCUUUAUGUGGUCUUUCUAAAUGUUUAUGAAUAUAUAAAACUUGAUACAACUCCCGGUCCUAUUAAAACCAGUCCACACAACGCCGUCAGCUUAUUUGCGGCCCUUCCUGUCGUAUGUUUUGCAUAUCAGACCCAUGAGAUAGUGGUUCCGAUCUACGCGUGUAUGUCUGAAAGGAAACUCAAAUCAUUUUCAAAGGCCACAGCAUUGGCUUUGUUACUACUAUUUCUUCUCUAUUGUUUUGCCGGUACUUUUGGUUACUUAACAUUUGGAGCUUAUGUUUCAGCAGAUAUAAUGCAAUUGUUUGAUGCAAGAGAUCCAGUAGUAGCCGCCGGAAUUAUAGCGUUGAUAAUCAAAAUGAUCACAACUUAUGCGCCGCUAAUGUUUUGUGGCCGAGGUGCUUUGGAUGGACUGUACGCUGAAUUGACUAAACUAUCGGCAGAAGACUUCAUUUUAGGUGAGUUUAAGCGUCGGAUAGUCAUCACAACCAUCUGGAAUGUAGUGGUUCUCAUCCUAUCAAUUGUCACUCCAAACAUCACCAUUGCUAUCGAGCUCUUAGGUUCGUUAGCGUCGUGUAAUGUGUUUAUCUUUCCGGGUCUAUGUAUGGUAGCACUGGCCAAACGUAGGGCACAUUUAGGCAAUAAUGUAUUGUUCAAUAAAAGUCUAUUAAUCUAUGGAGUGGUCGUUAUACUGACCGGUGCUUUCAUUUUUGUAAUCGUUUUCAUACAAGUUAUCAAUGAUUUGCUUUACUCUGAAGGAGAGAGUCUUCUCUGUAAUUAACAUACCAUUCAUUUCAUUGGAGAAUC